AUGUGGGAUGAUCUGGAAAAAGUUCAAAACGGCGCCCAGCGAAUUCUCCAAUCCACCCGCGAUCGUCACAUCCAGCCCCUUUACAACUACAUUCUCGUCCCCUUCCACGAUCCUGAAAUCGGCCCAGUUUCGCGAACACGUGACCCUGUCGAGUUUCAAAGGGAGUUGAGAAAUAUCAGAAUUACUGGUGGAGGGGAUUGUCCGGAAAUGUCGAUUUAUGCUAUUCGCGAGGCGCUAUUGCUAUCGCUUGAUAAUUCGUAUAUUUAUGUGUUUACUGAUGCAAGAGCGAAGGACUACAGUUAUUUGCCAGAAGUACUUCAGAUAAUUCAAAAGAAAAAGUCCCAAGUCAUCUUCGUCCUAACAGGCGAUUGUGGUGACCGAGAUGCUGAAGGAUACCGCGCGUACGAACAAAUCGCUGCUGUUUCAAGUGGACAAGUUUACCAAUUCACGAAGCAAAAUUUGAACCAAAUGGUCGAAUACCUCGAAUCUGCGAUUCAAGCGCAUAAAGUUCACAUUGUCAGUUCUUUCCAAGAUUCUGGGGAGUUCAAAACAUGGAAAAUUCCUUUCGACAGUAUGUUACAAGAAGUGACAAUUUCCAUCACCGGUCAUGGUCGAGCUGUUUCCGUUACUGAUCCGAAUGGACGGCCGUAUACUCGUGGUCAAGUGGUUCACAUUGACAAUGAAGAAACUUACGUUAUGGUGAUUCAUGAACCCUCCCCUCCUGGAAUUUGGACCAUUUCCGGCAGCGCGGACAGAUCUUUUAGCUUCCAAGUCACUGGCGUUUCAAAACUCGACUUUGGUGUCAAAUUUGCGACAAGUCCGACUGCCUCUUAUGAUGAUUCAUCGUAUCAACCUGUUCAAGGAAUCAUAACUCACGCUCUCAUUGAGCCGUCAGAGCACAUCGGCGACGGAAUCAUAGAAUUCGUUGAAAUUCGAGAUAUCAAGGGAGUCCAGCUCGGGAGCUAUCACGUGAGCAAAAUCAACGACCGACUCUUUGUCGCGGAACCAUUCCGGCCGCCAGAUGUAAGGGAAUAUUACUUGGUCGUGAAAGGAAGAACCGACUCGGGAGAGAAAUUCGUCCGACAAAGCCACAAUGCAAUCAUCAAUAUUAUUCCAGAGCCCCCGAAGGUCAAGAUGCUCAGCUCUAUUCCGGGCUACAUUAAUGGAAAUGUUCGAAUCGACUGUUCGGUGAAUUCCAUGAUGCCGCACAGCAUCACUUGGUGGUUCGGUCAAUCCUUGGACACAAAAGACUGGCAAGCGCUCACUCUUCCUAAGCUCUACCAACCCCUCGAGCCAGUUUUCUACGAACUGGUUGUCAGCGAAGGAUCAGAAGGUUUCUACAAGUGCCAAGUUGAGACCUCUCGCGGCGGCGCUUCUGGAAUAACUUUUCUCGACGUCGAAGAGCGGCCACCGAUCAUUACCGGCGCUGAAGAGAUUGUCGCGCCACCUGGCGGCGGAGCUACCCUCCAUUGUAAUGUUACCUCGAAAGUGCCGUACAAGCUGAUUUGGAAGAAGAGAGGUCAUUCCAGCGUCGCAUCGCCGUAUGUGAAGCAAACCGAGAAUGGGUUGGUCAUUUCUCGACUGCGCCCUAGCGACCAGGGGAUCUAUACCUGCGUCGCCAGCAAUAUCGGAGGAACCACACAGCAUCACAUAAAGCUCCUCGUCCAGCAAAAACCAAGAAUCGUGAUCACUUCCCUUCCAGAGUGGCAAGUCGACAAUAAUCAAGGAGUGACUCAUCGGCGAAUUCUGUUCAAAAAAGACGAUCGAAUUCGGCUCCUCUGCCAAGGCGAUGGACACCCAAGGCCUUUCGUAUUCUGGACGAAGAAUGGAGAAAACUUUCGAAAAAUUGACAGGACUGUUCGGGUCAUGGGCGGAAGAGUUCAAUUUUAUAGGGCGAAAGAAUCGGAUGCGGGAGUUUAUGUUUGCGAGGGACGAAAUAGCGCAGGGAAAGUUCAGGAACGAGUGUUUUUGGAAUUCAUGGCCCCGCCGAGAAUUUCGAGGACCUUCAAUUCUUCGUCGGUUGAAGCAGGAGAAGACUACACUUUGUUCUGUGAAGCAGAAGGAGAUCCGACUCCGACUGUUCGAUGGCUUUUUAAUUCUCAGGCCAAGCCAAUCUUCGGCGCGCGAUUCGAACAAGAUGGUCUGAAUCUUAUCAUCCGCCAGAUCUCCACCGAGCUUUCUGGCAAAUUCACCUGCAUCGCUGAAAACAACGCUGGUCGCGACAUCCAUCACAUGUUUGUCAAUGUCGGCGAAAAGCCAAAAAUCUCCACGGAUCUUCAAACAGUAAAGCCAGAAAUUGGCCUUUCUGUGAACCUAGAAUGCGCACACACCGCCAUUCCCUCAGGAAAGCUCUCUUGGUUUCAUAACAACAGAAGAAUUGAGAGAUCAAGAAAUUUUGAAAUCAACGAGCAUGGAACGCUGACGAUCAAGACUGUGACGCUAGAAGAUGAAGGAAAUUAUCGAUGUCUGGAAGCACCAACACUAACCCUUCAAUCCUCAACCGUCCAGCUCAAUGUCGGUGAUGACGUCAUCCUGACCUGCUUCGCCGAGGGAAAACCUCUUCCAGAAAUAACCUGGUCGCAUAAAGGAAGAAACAUCCCAAAUGCUCGACAAAAUCAACGAAAUAGCGAGCUUUUGAUCAAAAAUCUCGCUCUUGCCGACAAAGGGGUCUACAAAUGCCACGCGAAAAAUGAAGUCGGAGAAGAUGUGGGAGAAACAACAGUUGAUGUUGUUGAGCCAGUUUCUGUCACCACUGUUCCUGAAUUCAAAACGCCUCAGGAAGGCGAAACACUGGAGCUAGAAUGCAAUGCGAGAGGAAAUCCGGCGCCGGAGAUUUCUUGGUUCCACAACGGAAAAGAAGUUCUUCCCAGUAACGAUCUGUACAUCACCGACACAGGGUUGGUAAUUCUGAGCACGAGUCGAAAAAUGAGCGGAAUCUGGAAAUGCCUCGCGAAAAAUAUCGCGAAUGAGAUCGUUAUCGAGCAUGAAAUAACUGUCGAGUGGCCACCAAGUAUUAUUUUCCCAGAACUGCCGACCUCGAAAUCUGUCAAGCUCGGAAGCCAAGUCGUCCUUGAAUGCCCAGUCGACGCAUCUCCAGAGCCAGUUUUCGAAUGGACGGUGAAUGGAAAUAUGUUGGACUUCAACUCUCCCGGCUGGCUUCUCAAUCGAGAAACCGGAACGCUGAUCAUCGAAAAAGCAUCGUUGGCCCUGCAAGAUGCUACUUUUCAGUGCUACGCUACGAAUAUUCAUGGCAAUUCUGUCAUCUCUGUUGGCUUGAAGAUCAAUAUCCCGCCAAGUAUUAUCCCGAGAACGGGGCCAGUUGUCAAUGCGAAGGUUGGAUCGAAGGUGAUCAUUCCCUGCGCAGCCAGUGAAGGCACAAAUCUCGUCUUUGACAAAGUGCAACUUCAUCACUCUGGAACCUACACUUGCCGAGCAUCGAAUUCUGUUGGCUUCGACGAGUUCUCCGUGGAACUCAUCGUCCAAAUGGCUCCGUUGAUUUUCGAUCCAAAAUGGCCGAAAAUGGCGCCGGUUGAAGGCGAAAUGGUGAUUCUCGAAUGCCCAACUCAAGGAGCGCCCAAACCGAGAGUGACGUGGUAUUUUAAUGAUAUUCCCGCGAGUUUGAUAGACAAUGUCGUCGUCGAAGAAGACAAGAUCAUUAUCCAGAAAGUUGACAGUACCUUCGGCGGGGCUUGGCGAUGCGAAGCGGAAAAUGUCGUCGGAAUUGAUGUUUUUGACAAGAAACUUUUCGUUGAAUCAGCUCCUGAAGUCGCUGGACCAGCUAACGGAACAGUCGUCAGAGAUGUUGUCGAAUUCAACGACUUAGAUCUUUACUGCAAUUUGGUCAACGUUGACGAGGGAACAAGCAUCACUUGGCUUAAAGAAGGAGAACGAAUUGAUACGACAGAUGGAAAUCGAUAUGAAUUGUCAUUUGAUAAGAUGAAGCUGAAAGUGAAGAAUAUUGAGAUUUUCGACUCUGGAAAAUAUUCUUGCCGGGCAGAGAAUAGGGCUGGAAUGAGCGAAUUGGAACUAGUGGUUAAUGUCCAACAGGAAGGAAUAUACUCGUCAGAACCUUACAAAAAGAUUCCUCGAAUAAAAGGCCCAAAAGAAGUCAACAUUGAGCCCAUUGCAAAUCGCGAAAUCACCCUCAUCUGCGAAGUCCGUGGCUUCCCAGUCCCAACUGUCACAUGGUUCUAUCAAAAUGCCCCUGUUAAUUUCAACAUAUUCCCUGGAGUCUAUCAAAUGGGAACGAAUCUCGUUAUUCCAGUCACGUCCUCGUCAAUGACUGGUGAUUGGAGUUGCAAAGCAAAGAGCUCUGUUGGAGACGCGAUUAAAACGUACAAUCUGGACAUUCUUCUUCCUCCAACAAUUCAGACGGACAAAAAGCAGCAAGUCAAAGAAGUCGUUGAAAACAGCGAUGUCAUCCUUGAUUGCAUAGUCGAUGGAGAGCCAAAGCCGUCAAUCACCUGGAAGCUCAACGGCCGACUCCUCGAUCCUUAUUUCUCAGAUCUUUCUGAAGACAAAAUGAAGCUUUAUCUCAAAAACUCGAACUCAUACGACUCAGGCACCUACACCUGUGAAGUCGAAAACCGUGUUGGAAUCGAUGAAAUCUCCUACAACGUCACUGUCCUGACAGCACCAAAAGUCCACGCUGUAAAUCCCCAACAACAGGCAACAGCAGGAGCGAAUGUGACUCUUUCGUGUUUGUCCGAUGGAGUGCCAAAGCCUCGACUUUUGUGGGAGAAGUAUGGAAUUGUUUUGACGACCGAUAUUGGUGAAAAAAUCAAGCUUGGGGAAGAUUCACUGACAAUAAAAAGCCUGACCAGAGAAGAUUCAGGGACUUACACUUGCACUGCUGUUUCGGACAUCGGCGAAGACAAGGGUUACAUAACCCUGAAUGUCCGGCAUCGCCCGACUCUCAAAGCGGAAAAGAAAAACUACGAAUCUACUGUUCAUGAAACGGUGACAAUGAAAUGCGUCGCUGAAGGAAGCCCGCAACCGAUGAUUAGAUGGGAGCGCAAUGGAAUUCCUGUUUCUGGCUCCGCAAGAGUUCGGGCUAGAAAUGCUUACGAUUCAUCUACUCUGACCAUUAGAGAUGUUAGUUUAGACGACACUGGGGAGUGGAAAUGCGUCGCUGAAAAUUCCAUCGGAUCUGACGAGAUAAACAUGUCUCUUGAGGUCCACAGUAAGCCCGAAAUCGUCAAACCAGAAGAAAGCUUCUUCGUGCUUCAAAAUGGCGAGGAUUUCUCAAUUCUCUGCCACGCUCGAGGACUUCCAACUCCGGAGAUUUCUUGGAUCAAUCAAGAAACAGGCCAAGUUGUCUCAAACGGACCGAUUCUAGAGAUUGAGAAUGCUUCGAAACACCUCGCCGGGAAUUUCCUCUGCACUGCGAUCAACAAAGCUGGAGCUGCUUUCAAGGAAAUAACUGUAACUGUGCAAUCGCCGCCGAAAAUCAAGAGAAGGCCAACGAGGCAUGAAGUCGUGACCGGCAAUUCGUUGAUAUUGAACUGCGACAUCAUCGGAGGUGACCCUGAGCCAGAGAUCAAGUGCCUCGAUGUUGAAGAAGACAAAGGAAUGUAUUCCUGCAUCGCUGAAAAUAUUGCCGGCUCGAAAAAGAUCGAUUUCAAAGUUGACGUCUGGAGCAUUCCGGAUUUUGAAGUCGAGCAGCAGGUUCUUAAUCAAACAGUCGGCCAGCAAAUCGAGUUUUUCUGCGACGUAGAUGCCUACCCACCGCCGAAGAUCACGUGGCUCCGGAACAAUCAACCAAUCUCCUUCAAUCCUUCAAUUCAAAUUUCCGAUUCUGAUCGGCGGUUGACCCUUACAACAACAGAUUUAAACGAUCUCGGUGUCUACAACUGCAUCGCGGAAAACCAAGCUGGGUCAUCGAAAAAGUCUUUCAAACUGAAUCUUAUGGAGCCACCGAAAAUCAGCAAGCCAAAAGCAUCUACUGAAAAAAUUAUCGUCAGAAAAAUCGACGAAUCUUUACGACUUGUGUGCAAAAUUGAAGCAGGCCAGCCUCAGCCAAAAGUAAAAUGGUACAAAGACGGUGAUUUGGUCAUUGAGAAUCUUUACGCCGAUGGCCAUGUUCUUCAAAUCCUGAAUGUGAGGGAACAUGAUGAGGGUGUCUACCGUUGUCUGGCGGAAAACGAAGCUGGAAAUGAUAUCCGUGAAUGGGAAGUCUCUAUUUUCAGAGAGCCUAAGAUUACCGUACCCACGCGGCGAGAGCUUACGGCUGUCGUAGGGGAGAGCGUAGAGCUUGGGUGUGCUGCUGAUGGACACCCAAGACCGAUUAUUUCGUGGAGCAGGAAUGGAAGAGCAGUCGUUGAGGAAAAUGUCGACAUCAUCGACGAUGAAGAAACAUCAAAACUCUUCAUUGAUGGCAUCAAUUCAUUUGACAAAGGCACUUGGUCCUGCACCGCAAACAACGCUGCCGGAUUAGAAACAAUCGAUUUCGUCAUUGAUGUCUGGCAACCACCAACAAGCAAAACACCCUCUACCUCAACUCCUGAACCGAGGAAAGAAACUGCCAUCGAAGAUUCCUCGCUCACUCUUCAUUGUGACAUAGAAGCCUAUCCCAUGCCCGAGAUUUCUUGGUUCCACAAUGGUGAAGAGGUCGAAAUCGGUGGCAGAAUCUCCACAACUACCUUUGGCACAGUUUUGACUAUUCAAGAUUCGUUGCCGACUGAUUCUGGUGAUUGGCAGUGUGUAGCAAAAAAUCCAGCUGGAAGUCUAUCCGCAUCCUUUAUUGUCGACAUCUGGAGUCCACCAACUCCCUUGACUGAAAUGACGACACAGACAAUUCCAGUUAUCGGAGGAGAUACCCUUACACUUGACUGCCCGGUCAAGGGAAACCCAAAGCCAAAACUGGAAUGGCUCCGAGGUUCAGUUCCAAUCUCCUCGAUUCUCGACAGUAGAUAUGAAUUGUUUAAGAAUGGCGAAACGCUCAAGGUCACUGAAGUCACGUUAUUUGAUUCCACGAGUUUCAAAUGUGUAGCGUAUAAUGAUGUUGGUAUGACGAGUAUGACGUUUGGCCUGGACGUUCGAACCGUGCCCAAGAUUGAGCCAAAUCAUCUCAAUGAUGUUGUUGUUGAAGGCGAAACAUCAGUAUUCAGAUGUUUCGUUUCGGGAGUUCCAUCGCCCGCGAUCACGUGGUUUCACGACGGCCGUCCGCUUGAAAUCAACGAAGACUCCCCCUACAAGAUUUCUCAACAGGGGCAAAUGCUCGCGAUUUCAUCCUCCGUCGAAGCUCAUGGUGGUGAUUAUCAAUGUAAAGCGUCCAAUCUUGUUGGCGAUGAAUCAGCCUACUUUCGCCUGACCGUCCUCAUCCCACCGGUAAUUAGCAGCGGGUCAAGAAGCGAAGUCGAAGCCAUUAGCUUUAUUUCUGGACAGCAAGAAAUAAACGGUGGCGCAGCUCUUGUGCUUUCAUGUGAUCCAGCUCGAGGCUCGCCAAGUCCAACGGUCACGUGGUCCAAAGAUGGUCGACUAAUUGAACCUGGCGAAUUGAGCAGACACAUGAUCAUCGAAAAGUCACGUUUGCUCUUUACUACUGUGAAAUCGACGGACGCUGGAAGAUAUAAUUGUAAAUUGCAAAAUGAGGCGGGAAUGGAUUAUCGAAACUUUCUGGUGACAGUUCAAGAGCCGCCAAAAGUCAGCGUUCCCAGCGAAAAGGGACCAGAAGUGGUCGAAUCUCAUGGCGUCACUCUCAGUUGCAAUGCCGAGCAAGACCAAUCAGAAGUAUCUUUUCACUGGACCAGAGACGGAGAAAUUAUCAAAGAAAACGAACGAUUACGAUUUUCGAUCAGAAAAGAUAAGAUUCACUUAUCGUCAACAACUCGUGAAGAUGAAGGAGUGUACACUUGUCAUGUGACCAACGCUGCUGGCAGUGCUCAGACUCGAGUAACCCUUACGAUUCUUAUCCCUCCAAAAUUGCUCACGAGUGCGCCGAUUUCAGACUCAUCCCAAGACUCUGAAAUCAUCGGAAAAUUUGAAAAAGACGUAACAACAACCGUUUCGCAGACUCUAACAAUCUCUUGCCCGGUUUCUGGAAAUCCAAAGCCCUCCAUUGAAUGGCUCAAAUUUGGUCAACGAGUUUCAACGAUCCAUAAAGAAGCAAUUCUCAAAGGAGAUAGUCUUCAAAUCCCAGAUGUUCAGUUGAAGCACGCUGGAAUGUACAUCUGCGUCGCUAGAAACAAAGCAGGAGUUGACCAGAAAGAAAUCUCUGUAAACAUCCACCAGCAGCCGAUCGUCAAGCUUCCGGAGAAAGAAAAAUUGUUCGAGGGUCGGAGCUUGUCUCUAGAAUGCGAUGUAAUCGGAACACCAACUCCCCUUAUAUUCUGGCAAAAAGACGGAGUCACCUUGAAAUCGCAAGAACGAGUCUACAUCAGCCCCGACAAACGGAGGCUUCAAAUUUUCUCCACAAAACCAGAAGACGCAGGAAAAUACAAAUGCAUUGCCGAAAACAUCAUUGGCUCAGAAUUCUCCGAAACGACAGUUCAAAUUCUAGAAUCACCAAACUUUGAAGAGAGCUUUAAAAAUAUCGAUUCGAUCGAAGGCUCAAGGGUUGAGCUAUCAUGUGAGACGAAUAUCACGCCGAAGCCAGAAAUAAAAUGGAUGUUUGAUGGAGUCCCUAUUUCUUUUGACAAACCGGUUUUCGACACGUUCUCGGUUAAGCGAAGUGAUGCAGUGAGCGAUUACAGCUUGAGUUUUCUAGAAAAUUUCGACCUCAAAGAAGAUGGCUCUGUUCUCGUCAUAGCGACUUCAAGUGUCGAAACGCAGGGACAAUACAAGUGCAUUUUGUCAAAUGAAGCUGGCCGCGCAUCGAAAACUUUCAAUCUUCAAGUCCUCCGCGUCCCCGUCAUCGAGGACAAUAAGGAAGAAGAGGUUGACGAGGAGAUCGUUGUAGUUUCAGGCGAGUUCAUCGAUCUUGAGUGCGUGAGCAUCGGAAUUCCGCCACCAAAAAUCACGUGGUUCAAGGACUCCUCUCCAGUGAGAACGAUUCCAGGACUUGUUGAAAUUUCCAACGAUGGUCAACACUUGCUGAUAAAUGAGAUUGCUCAGCGAUUUUCAGGAGAGUAUUAUUGCAUGGCGGAGAAUGAAGCUGGCUCGAGCACGAAAAAGUUCAAUUUGGUCACCAACGAGCCACCAAAAAUAAGGGUGUCAGACGUGAUUGUUGAGGAACGAUCUGGACGAGAAGUAAAGCUGUUCUGUGACGUAUCUGGAAUUCCCAAGCCGACGAUUUCUUGGUCAAGGACAAAUGGCAAGCUUGAUCAUAGUCGUAUGAAAACAUCUUCAGACGGAACCUUGACCAUCAUUUCCGCCAAAGUUCAAGACGAAGGAGUCUAUAUUUGCAACGCAGAAAACGUCGCUGGAGAUGCUCAAGCUGUCGUCACUUUAAGUAUCAUCGAAGCUCCAGUCAUCGAGGGCGAGUUUAACACUUUCGUCGAAGCUGUUAUCAAGAACAAGUUCCUGCUCGAGUGCAACGUCAUUGGCGGAAAUCCUGCUCCCGUCAUUCGAUGGUUCAAAGACGAUGAGCCCGUGGAGCUGUCAUCGCGGCUGACGAAGAUGAAACACGGAUCGAGGUUGAAAGUCAAGCCGGUUAUUGCAUCCGACGCUGGUGUCUACAAAUGCUUUGUGGAAAACGAUGCUGGAAGUACUUCGCGACUUUUCAACGUCGGAGUCGUUUUGAAACCAUCGAUCAUUCCUGAUUUCGACAUGGUCUCGUUUUCCUCGAUCGGCGAGGAGAAAAAGUUCACAUGUUUGACAUCCGGUCAGCCAACGCCUUCUAUCACCUGGCUUCAUAAUGAUCGAAAGCUCUCAACCGCCGCGGACAACAUCGUUUUCCACAAUGAUGGUCAAGAAAUGAUCAUUCCUCACGUGACUCUCGAUUGGUCCGGCAAUAUCACCUGCGUUGUUGAAAACCAAGUUGGCGUGGCAAAAAUGGAAACGAUCUUCGAAGUCUUCCAGGAGCCAGUUUUCACGUCGAAUGUUUCCGCGACAAUCGCUCUUAUCGCUGGUGAGUCGCUAGAAGUACCUUGCAGCGCGACUGGAUACCCGCCACCUGUGGUCUUCUGGGAGAAGGACGAUCAGGUUCUAGAGAUGGAAGGGGGUGUUGUAGGAAUGACGACGUUGAAGCUCAAUGAUGUGACUCAAGAUGAGGAGGGAACUUAUACUUGCACGGCUUCUUCCCUCGCUGGAGUGAACAAAUUGGAUAUGUAUCUGCAGAUUCACAAGCCGCCUGAAAUUCUAGAGCACAUUUUCGAAGACAUGGAAAGCGAUUACCACUCCGGAAACUCGCUCGCCAUCGGAUCCAAAGAUCGCCCGAUUCCUAAAGAACCGAAAGAGCAUCACCGACUUGUUCUUGAGUGCAAAUCAGAAGCAUUUCCGCCGCCAAAGAUUACUUGGACACUGAAUAUGAAACCGAUCGAGUUUAGCGCUAAAUUUAGCUUGAGCCCGAAUGGACAAGUGCUGGUGAUUGAUCCGGUGACGGAAAGUGACUCGGGAUUGUAUUCCUGUAUUUCGGAGAAUAUUGCCGGAUUUGCGGAGAGAUUUUGGAAUGUUGAUGUUUUCACAGAGCCGGAAAUAAUUAAUUCUCCAGUUGAAAUCGUCAAGCCCCUCCGAGGAGAAGACAUCGAUCUCACCUGCGAAGUCACUGGAAAUCCUCGACCUGACAUUAUCUGGCGCAGAAACGGCCGACUUCUUGAUCUUGGUGACAAAUAUAUCGAGACAGCUACUGGAAUCAAGAUCAAAGGAGCAGGUGCAGCUGACUCUGGAAUGUACACUUGUGAAGCUAUCAAUAGAGCGGGCAAAACCUCGACUCAAAUGACCCUUGCUGUUCAAGCAAAGCCGAUGAUCGCAGUUGGUCCGACAAAACUCUUCACAAACGUCAAUCAAGCCACCCUCCUCGAAUGCGUCGCCAGUGGAAUUCCUAGACCAGAAGUCCGCUGGUUUAAAGAUGGAGAACCUCUCGAUGAAUCAGAUGUAUUUUCGCUACAAAUGUCCGACGGAUCGCUUUCCAUUCGCGCUGCUACGUUGGAUGAUGCCGCCCUAUUCCAAACCGCGAAAAGAUCGAUAAAUCUCGAAGUUCACCUCUCUCCCUCCAUCAAAACCGCUUUCGACGACUCUUUGACCCUCCGAGUCGGCGAUACUCUCCGCGUCCCCUGCCGAGCUGUUGGAUAUCCGGAGCCGCGAGUAUCCUGGUUUUUGAAUGGAGUACCGAUUUUGCCGGGCGGCGAGGUAGAAAUUGAUCCAGUAUCAAAGGAUUUGGUCGUCAACUUGGCUCAAGAAUCUCAUUCUGGCGAGUACAGUUGCGUCGCAGAAAAUUCUGCUGGUGUUGCGAAAAUGAUUCUGGACGUUGACGUCUAUGUUCCGCCCCAAUUUGUUAAGAAUUUCAACACGAAUGUUGAGCUGUUUGAGCAUGGCUCGGCAAUUGUGACUUGCGAUGCUUCUGGAUCUCCUCCUCCAAGUGUGAUUUGGCAGCGAUCGGGAAGGCUCCUGAAGGGAAAUGGAAGUCCAAGGCAAGAAGGCGCUCAGCUCAUUUUCGAAGAUGCCCGAAUCCGCGAUGCGGGAAGCUAUGUCUGUCUCGCCCAGAACUCCGCCGGAACUGCUCUUCUAGAGGUCGACGUUUCCGUCCUUAUCCCUCCUAAAAUCUCCAUCCCUCAUCGAUUCACCGCCACUGCUGGUUCUCCCUUUACAAUGAAGCCUGAGACUGUCCGCGGCCUCCCUGGCCCAACUUUUAGCUGGAGAAAAGAUGGAGAAAAAUUGUUUUCCGACAAGUACAGAAAUGUCGACGAGACUAUAGGAAGAAUGAUCUUUGUUGUUCUCGAGCCUGAGGACUCGGGCCGUUACGUUAUCAAAGCGGAGAAUAAAGCGGGCUUCGAUGAAGUGGAAGUCUUGCUGACAGUGUUGGAGAAGCCGAAGAUUUCAGUGAUUGGAAAAGAUGUUGACAGGCCGCUAGAAAUCACGAAGGGAGAAGAUUUUAGUCUGAUGCUGAAUCUUAUUGGAUCUCCAAGACCUCAGGUCACGUGGAUGCGAAAUGGCGUGCGCAUCGGAAACAAUGCUCGUAGAAUCGUUUCUGAGUCUGGGCUGAAAAUCACAGCCGUGGACUUCAACGACGAGGGAGAUUAUUCAAUUUCCGCCAAGAACGCUGCUGGAGGAUCUUUCCUUUCAUUUUCAAUUAUCGUCAAUUCCUCACCAAGAAUUGUGAUGAGCAAGCGUCCCCUUGUCAGGCGGCAGAAAGGAAAAACACUGGAAUUGACAUGCGAGGUCGAAGGAAAACCAGAACCAGAUGUUAUGUGGCUUUUCCAUGGUGUGUCGAUAUCUGAUAGCAAAGAUCUGACCAUCGUGGACAUCCAACCCGAGCAAGCUGGCGAGUACAUUUGCCUGGCAACCAACAAAAUGGCUGACGCAACUUCCCGCGUUCUCGUUCAAGUCGACACUCUUCCCUCCAUCCGCGCUCAUAUCAACACCACGGCCAAAGCUGAGCUUGGCGAGCAGGUGACUUUCGACUGCCACGCUGAUGGAGAGCCUCAGCCGAAAUACUCUUGGACUCAUAAUGGAGUGGAUCUGAUUCCGAGUGAUAAAUACGAAAUGACGGAAGAUGGACGAUUGACGAUUUUCGACGUUUCAGCUGAAGAUAGCGGAAUGAUCCGGUGCACAGCUCAUAACUCUGCUGGUUCUGAACAUGCUCGAUUCGAGUUGAAAAUUGAGCUGCCGCCUGUCAUUCUCAGUCCCCCAGGUUCCCACAGAGUCGAGCAGGGUCUUCCUAUUUCUCUCACUUGCGAAGUAGGCAAUCUCGAUGACGGAAAGAUCAAAUGGCUCAAGGACGGAACUGAGCUUGUCCAAGGCGAAACCUUAACAAUCCCAAACGCGCAGUUGAAAGACACAGGCGAAUACGAAUGCAUCGCUGAAAAUGCCAUUGGCUCGGAUAUUGCGUCUGGCAGCAUUGUUGUCUGGCGCGAUGGAGAAUGGUCGGAAUGGAGUCGUUUCGGUCCUUGUUCAGUUAGCUGUGGAAUGGGGAGCAAAACCAGGCUGCGAAUGUGCAACAAUCCUGGGCCCGCGAAUGGUGGUGUUUGUCCUAGCGGUUUGAGUGAAGAAACCGUUCCUUGUCGAAAUAUUCCUUGCCCGGAAGACGGUGCGUUGACCGAAUGGAGUGAGUGGUCAGAAUGCAGCGUUUCCUGUGGAUUUGGUUAUGUAACUCGGCAGAGAGAUUGCAUCCAGCCAAAGUUCAAUGGUGCUCCUUGUUCUGGAACGCUUCUAGAAGAAAAGCCAUGCUUAGACAAUCCUGAUUGUUUGACGAUUUCUUCGUGGGGUCCUUGGGGAGCUUGGGAAGCCUGUGACGUAACAUGCGACGGAGGGGUGCAAGUACGUUCUAGAGAUUGCCCAACUGGAGAUUGCCGCGGCCAAUCGGUUUCUUCCCGGCCUUGUGGAAUGGGAAAAUGCCCAGUCGAUGGCUCUUGGGGCGAAUGGAUGCAUUGGUCCUAUUGUUCAGUUUCUUGUGGAAUGGGAACUCGAACUCGUGAACGCUCCUGCGACUCGCCUGCGCCCUCUGCUGGUGGAAUGCUCUGCAACGGGAUGGAGCGGCAGAUGGACAUGUGUACGACUGGCGAAUGUCCGAUUAAUGGAAAUUGGGCGGAAUGGACUGAGUGGUCGGUUUGCUCGCAUACUUGCGGUGGCGGAUUCAGAAGAAAGUCGCGAAUUUGCUCUGAUCCUCCGCCGAUAAAUGGCGGAAAGUUCUGCGCGGGACAUGCUGAUUUUUCUGAGCGCUGCAACACUCGACCCUGCCCGGUUGAUGGAAACUGGGGCAUGUGGUCCGAGUGGUCCAGUUGCUCGGUUUCCUGUGGACGCGGCUUCCAAGUUCGCGGCAGAACUUGUUCCAACCCCCAACCAGCUGGGGACGGCCUCGAUUGCUCUGGAAUGGAUUCGCAGCGAAAAGAUUGCCACAACGAAUGCGACAUUCGAACGAUGCGAGAUUCCGAAGGCGUCAUUCGCGGAAACAUCAACGGAGUCGACCUGAGGGAGAUAAAAAUAUCAAGCUCAGUGAAGAAAACUGAUUAUUCGAGCAAAAUCCAAAUUACGUUUGAAAAUAUUCCAAUUGGAGUUAGACCGAGUAUCAGAUGGAUAGCUACUGUUCUUUCGCCAAUGGAGUUUUUGACGGCUUGGGAAGAGGAAGGAGCUCAAAAUGGAUACAGCCUCACUCAAGGAAAACUUCAAAGAACCUCUCAAAUCGAAUUCGCAACCGGCGAGGUACUCCGAAUCGCGUGCAGACUUACGCACAUAACUCGAGGCCGGCAUCAUUAUACGAUAACAAUCUCUGGAAAUAUGCCGCAUAUAACAAACCGAAACGCAAUUGUCUUUGAUGACGCAGUUGAGGAAUACGUCCAAGUCUCGCGAAAUAUGCUCUACGGUUCGAGCUCGAGGACGGCGAGCUUGGAUGGCAUCGCGUUCCCGUACUUCGUGAAUCACACCGUAAAUUAUGAUGAGCGCUACGGGCAAAUGCCGUUUCUCAGCCAAAUCCUUGAUCUUUCGCGUUUCAGCGUCACCUUUUCCAAUGAUCCCAAAAGCUUCACCUACUCCGCCGAGGCCAACAUCUACCCGAACGAGUACGACGUGUGCCCAGAAGGCUACGAGUUAGACCUCGUCUCCGGAAGAUGGUGCAAUGACGUCAAUGAAUGUGCCCAAAAUGACGCCUGUUCCGAUGGAUGUGUGAAUACAAUGGGUUCGUUCCUGUGCACUUGCCCGGAUGGAUACGUGAUAGACUUCAAUGGAGAAUCGUGUCUUGAUGUUGAUGAAUGUACCACUGGAGAAUUCGAGUGCGGAGCGGGUCUAUCUUGCGCAAAUACUCCGGGUUCUUACAAGUGCGUUCUCCCAUGUCAACCUGGAACCCGACUCUCCGAAGACGAGUCAUUCUGUGACGAUGUGGACGAGUGCUCCGAAGGGAUUCACCAGUGCGAUCAAAUAUGUAUCAAUACUCUCGGUACAUACAAAUGUGGCUGCAGAUCGGGCUAUCUCGCCAUCGGCGAAUUUCUUUGCGAAGAUAUGGACGAAUGCCUCCUCACCGGCCGCCGAAAAGCCUGCUCAGACAAACAGACAUGUCAGAAUACACCAGGAGGUUAUCACUGUACAAACGACUGUCCUCCCGGCUUCGAGGGUGAAGAUUGCAAGGACAUUGACGAAUGCGCUGAUGAGAAUCUUAACGAUUGCCGGGGCGAUCAAACUUGUCUGAAUACGGAAGGAGGAUUUCAGUGCACUUGUAAAGAGGGAUUCAGACUUGUUGGAGGAAAAUGCUUAGACGUGGACGAAUGUGAAUUAUUCGAUCCCUGUCCGCACCGCUGCUUGAAUACUCACGGCUCGUUUCACUGUAUUUGCCCUCCCGGUGGGUGUGAUGGCUUCUCACCUGACCUUCAAGCCAUCAAAGUGUGCUAUGAUGAAGAUAAUCCUGCAUGUCCUUGUCCGGAAGGAUAUCAACAAAUAAUGAACAAAUGCUAUGACAUCAAUGAAUGCACCGCCGACUAUAUCUGCCAACAUGGAUGCACAAACCUACCAGGAGGUUAUCAGUGCACUUGUCCAAUCGGAUAUCGCUUGGCGGAGGACGGAAGGACUUGUGAAGAUAUCAAUGAAUGCGUCAAGGGGGAUAUCCAAUGUGGAAGGGGAAGGAUGUGCUUUAACAGACUUGGAGAUUACACUUGUAUUGACACUCCUUGUCCGGUCAACUACCACUCUGAUCCUGCUACCUCUCAGUGCACGAGAUCAUGCAGAGGAGAAGGAUGCGAAAACCGACCAGUCUCAAUCAUCGAAUAUCGUACCCUCGCCCUGCCUAAGGGUAUCCAGGAAAACGAAGACCUACUUCUUCUCAAGGCUCUUACUGAAGAUGGCAGAAAACAUCCGGAUACUCGAUUCUACAUUUUGACGAAGCAGAAUCGAAUGAAUUUACCUUUCUCGAUCAGGCCGGAGAAUGGAUCAGGAAUUCUCUACACAAAUCAAGCUCUUACCCACCCUAGAACUUACAAUAUGAGAGUGAGGGCUACUUCUCUCUCGCCCGAGGGCAAGAUUGAAUACCAGAGCACAUUCAUCAUCUACAUCUCCGUGAGCGCCUAUCCCUACGGUGGCUAA